UUCCCAAGUACAGCUACGUUUGUUGGAGGAUCUUUCCUCAUAGCAAUACAUACAGACAGGAUGUCUAACCUGGGAGAGUAUGAGUUGGACUUUUACCAAUCUGAUUAUGUCAUCGAGAAUCAGGAGCAGAGCUCUAAUGAUUCUAAUGCUCAUGGGAAUCUUUAUGGAUCCAGAGAAGCACAAGUCACUGAGCAGCUUCAGCCUUCCUCUUCUGUUCCACCAGCGAUGUUCCUGUCAUCAAGUUAUGCAGGGCAGCUCUUUGAGCCAGCGUCUACCUCAGACUAUUAUCCACAGUGCCCUUCAGAGGACGGUUUUGAUGAGGAGCCUCCUUUGCUGGAAGAACUUGGAAUUAAUUUUGAUCACAUAUGGCAGAAAACCUUGACGGUGCUAAACCCAAUGAAGCCAGCAGAUGGCAGCAUCAUGAAUGAAACAGAUCUCACGGGACCCAUUCUUUUCUGUGUGGCUCUGGGAGCCACAUUGCUUAUGGCAGGGAAAGCCCAGUUUGGUUACGUAUAUGGCAUGAGUGCCAUUGGCUGCCUUGGGAUUCACACCUUACUAAACCUGAUGAGUUCUGCAGGGGUUUCCUAUGGCUGCGUGGCCAGCGUGCUGGGAUACUGUUUGCUCCCCAUGGUCAUCUUGUCCAGCUGUGCCAUCUUCUUUUCAUUGCAGGGCAACAUCGGAACUGUGUCAGCCCUGCUCAUCAUCACCUGGUGCAGUCUCUCAGCUUCUAAGAUCUUCAUUUCCGCCUUAGCCAUGGAAGGACAGCAGCUCCUCGUGGCUUACCCCUGUGCCUUGUUUUAUGGGCUGUUUGCCCUUCUGACGGUUUUCUAAAGACUGCUCGAUGUGGCUCUGCAAGAUCCCACUUGCUUGCUGUUCAGAUUUUUCUGGAAGUGCAUUAGCACUCGAAUUCAGCAAGAUAACUUCUGUUUAUGGCUGUUGAGAGAAUAUUAGCAGAGAGACAAAGCAGCACUCAAGGAUAGCGCUCUAAUAGCCUGCUUGGUGGCGAUGAUGUUUUCGUUUUUCAGUUUGGAGCAUUAAAACACUUAAAAUAUUUUUUGAAAUAUUAAGAGAUACAAUCUCUGUACUGAUAGAGGCUGCUUUUUCUCAUUUCCAUAGACAUUUCUAGUAAAAUACCAUCCUAUGCUUAACAUUUAUUAAUUAUAAUAAAUAUUUUUCAAAAACGUU